AUGGAUGGACUGAUAGAGGAACUCACCGGCGCCAAGGUCGGGUGUCACAUUGGCGGUACUUGUCUCAACAAUAUAAGUUAUGCUGACGACAUGGUGCUGUUGGCUCCCUCUGUCAGUGCGCUCAGGAGGCUCGUGAGGAUAUGUGAGCUCUACGCGGAGAGACAUGGGCUCAGGUAUAACACCACUAAAAGUGAGUUACUAGUCUUCAGGGCAGGCAACAUGAAACUAGAGGAAGUACCUCCUGUAGAGUUGAAUGGCGCCGUCCUGGACAGGGUACAGCGGUUUAAAUACCUGGGUCACUGGCUCACCGAGAUUCUCAGUGAUGACAUAGAUGUGGAGCGGGAACGGAGGGCGUUGGCUGUUCGAUGCAACAUGCUGGUGCGCAGGUUUGCAAAGUGUAGUAAUGAAGUCAAGAUCACAUUAUUUAAAUCUUAUUGUCAAUCGUUCUAUACUUGCAGCCUGUGGGCCAGUUUUACGCAGCGAGCAUACAACGCCCUGCGUAUUCAAUAUAAUAAUGCGUUUAGGAUACUGAUGGGCCUCCCUCGGUACUGCAGCGCAUCUGGGAUGUUCGCGGAUGCCCAUACGGACGACUUUUAUGCUAUCAUGCGUAAAAGAGCGGGUUCCCAGUGGUAUCGAUUGCAGGGUGGUACCAACGGUCUCCUGAACGCAUUAGUCUCCAGGAUAGACAGCCCUCUCAUGAGACGCUGGAGCAAACUCCAUGAGCCCUAUAGAAGUUGCUCCAAAAUAUAA